GUGAGCGGAAAUCGUUUGUGUGCGCGCGGCUGCAGUCGUUCGGAAUGGCGAAUUCUUCUCCCAAAGUGAAGCCCGCUAAUGCGGCCAACCCGCGGGUCUUUCUGGACGUGAGCAUGGCGGGCGAGUUAGUUGGGCGGAUAGUUCUGGAACUUUUUGCCGACGUUUGUCCUAAAACAGCUGAAAAUUUCCGAGCAUUAUGCACUGGAGAGAAGGGAGUUGGGCCGACCACUGGAAAACCUCUGCAUUUCAAAGGCUGCCCCUUCCACAGGAUUAUAAAGAAGUUUAUGAUUCAAGGAGGAGAUUUUUCCAAUCACAAUGGAACUGGAGGAGAAAGUAUCUAUGGAGAGAAAUUUGAAGAUGAAAAUUUUCAUUACAAGCAUGACCAAGUAGGACUUCUUAGUAUGGCCAAUGCAGGACCAAACACCAAUGGCUCGCAGUUCUUCAUCAUAACGGUGCCUACUCCUCAUCUAGACAACAAACAUGUGGUUUUUGGUCAGACAUUGAAAGGAUUGGGAGUGGUAAAGAUGCUGGAAAAUGUUGAAGUAAAAGCCGAGAAGCCUGUAAAGCAAUGUAUUAUAGAAAACUGUGGUGAACUUAAAGAAGGAGAUGAGUUAGGUCUUGCUCCUGCUGAUGGAUCAGGGGAUGCAUACCCAGACUUUCCAGAAGAUAAUGAUGAAGAUAUAACUAAUAUUGAUACCGUUUUUCGGAUUGCAGAAGACUUAAAGAAUCUUGGGAAUAACUUCUUUAAAUCCCAGAACUGGAUUAUGGCAGACAAGAAAUACUCCAAGGCUUUAAGAUAUAUAGAUGCAUUAAGAGAUGAAAUUAAUCAAAAAUCAGCAGAGAUUACAAAACUGGAUUCUGUUGCACUAAGUUGUCAUCUGAACAUAGCUGCCUGCAAGCUGAAAAUUUCUGACUGGGAUGGUGCCAUUGAAAGUUGUGAUGAGGCUUUGACGAUUAAUCAAUCAAACACAAAGGCACUUUAUAGAAGGGCACAGGCUUGGCAAGCAAAGAAGGAUUAUGACCAGGCACUGGGUGAUCUUAAGAAAGCUCAGGAAAUAACACCUGAAGACAAAGCUAUAAACAACGAAAUACUCCGGGUGAAACAAAAGAAGAAGGAAGAGAAAGAGAAGGAAAAGGCAGCUUAUGCAAAAAUGUUUGCUUGAGAAUUUGUUUUUUUUUAAACAGUUCAAAAUAGCCUAGUUUUUUUUUUGGUCUCCAUUUUCUUGGGCACUUCUGUUUGUUGGAUCUGUUGUCUGUCAGAUAAUGUGUUUUGUCUAUAGAAAACAAGAGACUAGAUGGUGAAUAAACAUUGAAAUUUAAUUAUGCCAUGUGUAAUAAAAUUGUUAAAAUAUUAAAAUAAAUAUUGAAAAUAAAGUUUUGAACUUUUUCCUGCCAUCUAAGUUGAGGGUUCUCUUCACAGUAAUUGAAUAUAAGAAAUAAUACAUGUAAGAAGAAUUGUUCUUUCUUUAACUUGCCAUUGUAACCUCUUUUUCCCCUCAUCUGCCCUUGCGACCUCCCCAUCACCCAAAACUUCCUCCUUCUGGUUACCCUCCUCCUUCCCUUUAUUUGAUCUCCUCUGUCCUAUUAGAUUCCUUCUUCAGCCUUUUGCGUCUUUCGUCUUUCUACUUUCCAUCUUACCUGUUCCACUUGCACUCACUUAUCACCUGUCAGUUUGUGCUCCUUCUGACCUCGUCCCACUGUCUUCUCAGUUCUCAUGAAGGGUCUUGGCCUGAAUGGUCGACUGUUCAUUUCCCUCCAUAGACGCUGCCUGACCUCUAGAAUUCCGCCAGCAUUUUUUUGUGUCAAACUCCAUUGGAUAUUAUUUUCAUAAAUACAAUUAAAGCAUAGAUUGAUGCUUUUUAUUUUGUCUUUUACCUAUGCUAUUUAAUGGUUAAAGUAAAAAUGAAAUGUUUAUUGCUGACAGUACAUGGCAGUAACUAAACUCCAGUUUACAUGUUAUAUGUGUGCAUGGAAACUAAUAAUUUUUUUCCUUGAUUUUAAAGAAAACUAAUUACUUUAGAAUUGUUAAUGUUGAAGUUAGAAUUAUCGAAGGAACUAGAGGGCCUGAGCUUUAGGGAGAUGAUGGCCAGGUUAGGUUAUUCCUGGGAAUGUAGGAAAGUAAGGGGUAACGAUUUGGAAGUGUUUCAAGUUCUGAGAGGCUUAGGUAAGCGGACGGUAAUGGUCUUUUCCUCCAGUGUAGGUGUGUCCAAAACUAGAGGGCAUGGAUUUAGGGGGAGAGGGGAAAGUUUUAAAAGGGAUCUGAAGGGUAACUUUUUCUCUACGCAGACGAUGGUGAGUAUAUGGAAUGAGCUGCCAGAGCAAGUGGUUGAGGCAGGUACAAUAGUAUCAUUUAAGAAGCACUUGGACAGAUACGUGGAAUGGAGGGAUAUGGGAGUGAGUGCAGGAAAUUGAGACUAACUUGGUAGACAAUGUGCUUGGUAUGGACUUGUUUGGCCAAAGGCCCUGUAUCUGUGCUCUAUGACGAAUCCAUUUGAAGUUGACUAAAUUUGUGCUUGUUAACUCAGUAAUUGAACUACUUCUUCCUAGGGUCCAGUAGUAUUUUUUUUCUUUCAACCAAUAUAAUACACAAUAGAUGAUUUAUACUUUAUUGUCACCAAACAAUUGAUACUAGAGCGUACAAUCAUCACAGUGAUAUUUGAUUCUGCUCUUCAUGCUCCCUGGAGUACAAAUUGAUAGUAAAUAUUAAAAAUUUAAAUUAUAAAUCAUAAAUAGAAAAGGGAAAGUAAGGUAGUGCAAAAAAACUGAGAGGCAGGUCCAGAUAUUUGGAGGGUAUGAUCCAGAUCUGGGUCAGGAUCCGUUCAGCAGUCUUAUCACAGUUGGAAAGAAGCUGUUCCCAUAUCUGGCCGUACGAGUCUUCAAGCUACUGAGCCUUCUCCCAGAGGGAAGAGGGACAAAAAGUGUGUUGGCUGGGUGGGUCGUGUCCGUGAUUAUCCUGGCAGCACUGCUCCGACAGCGUGCGGUGUAAAGUGAGUCCAAGGAUGGAAGAUUGGUUUGUGUGAUGUGCUGGGCUGUGUUCAUGAUCUUCUGUAGCUUCUUCCGGUCUUGGACAGGACAACUUCCAUACCAGGUUGUGAUGCACCCUAGAAGAAUGCUUUCUACGGUGCAUCUAUAAAAAUUAGUGAGGAUUUUAGGGGACUGGCCAAAUUUCAUUAGUUUCCUCAGGAAGUAAAGGUGCUGGUGGGCCUUCUUGGCAGUGGCUGCUUGGUUGGACCAAGUCAGGUCAUUUGUGAUAUUGACCCCGAGGAAUUUAAAGCUUUUGACCUGUUCCACUUGCACACCGCCGAUGUAAAUGGGGUCUGCGGUCUGCUACUCCUGAAGUCAACAACCAAUUCCUUUGUCUUGCUGACAUUAAGGGUUAGGUUAUUGUCUUCGCACCAUGCCACCAGGUUCUUACUUUCCUCUCUACUCAAACUCAUCAUUACCUGAGAUACGGCCUACAAUUGUGGUGUCAUCAGCAAACUUAUAUAUUGAGUUUGAUGGAAACUUGGCUACACAAUCAUGGGUGUACAGUGAGUACAGCAAGGGGCUGAGUACACAGCCUUGUGGGGCACCGGUGCUUAGAGUGAUUGUAGAGGAGAGCUUGUCCCCUAUUUUGAGAGUGAAAUUGAAACAGAUCCAAAUUUGGAUGAGGCUGUAAGAUUGGUACUUAAAACCUCAUCCUCACGCUAUUAGAUUGCGGUCCUAUAGAACCACCUGUUGGGUUUUGCGAUUAAAACUUUUACAGAUACUCACUUCUCCAUUCCCACCCUCUUUAAGAUUAUGGAGCAGUGUAGUUCUUAAUACCAAUUCUAUUUUAUGGUUAUCAGAAGAGAUAAAGAAAAUUAUCAAUGUUUAUUGCAUCAAGGAUAAUGCUGCUUUUACCAUGAAACAACAUGCAUCCUGAAACCCAUUCUGGGCAGGUGACAGCAAGUUUUACUUUGCAUUCAACUUUUUUUGACGGAAUAAGAAAAUUAAGUACAGACUAGAAUAUUGCUUUGAUUGAAUUUAGUUCAGUUAUCCUCAUUAUCAAUGGAAACAUUUCAAUUUUUGUGUCUUAUUGCUAUGAGAACUAAAUUUCAUCUGUUCUGUAAAUUAAUAAAGUUGUAUA